AUGUUCAGGUUUCUUUUGUUGACCUCUAUCGCAGCCCUGGUGCUGGCCGAUCUGGAGCCCCAGCCCAGGUUCCUGGAGGAUGACUAUUCUGAGGAGAGAGUUGUGGGUGGCGAGGUGGCCAACCCCAACUCCUGGCCCUGGCAGGUCUCUCUUCAGUACCAGUCUGGCAGCAACUACUACCACACCUGUGGUGGAAUCCUGAUCAGGAGAGAAUGGGUCUUGACCGCUGCUCACUGCGUGGAUCGUGGUAAGACCUGGCGUGCUGUUCUUGGAGAUCACAACAUCAACUCUCACGAGGGCAAAGAGCAGUACAUGGGCGUGAGCAAAAUCUACCUCCACCCCCACUGGAACCCCAACAAUGUGGCUGGAGGAUAUGAUAUCGCUCUCCUGCGUCUGUCUUCUGAUGCUUAUCUCAACAACUACGUCCAGCUCGGCGCUCUGCCUCCCCCGGGUCAGAUCCUGCCCCACAACAACCCCUGCUACAUCACCGGCUGGGGUCGCACCCAGACUGGCGGUCAGCUCUCUGUUAAUCUGAAACAGGCCUACAUGCCCAUCGUUGACUACAAAACCUGCUCCAGCCUUGCAUGGUGGGGCAGCACUGUGAAGGACACCAUGGUCUGUGGUGGAGGCAACAGUGACUCUGGUUGCCAGGGAGACUCUGGCGGCCCCCUGAACUGCGCCGUCAAUGGCCAGUGGGUGAUCCAUGGUGUCACCAGCUUUGUGUCCUCCAAUGGCUGCAACUCCCACAGGAAGCCCACUGUCUUCACCCGUGUCUCUGCCUACAUCAGCUGGAUAAACAGCAUCAUGGGUUGAGAAGGAGGACGAUCACCAUGGAGACGAGCAAACCACUCUGGAUUCAUCUCGGUUUCUG